AAGCUAUGCGACGGUAACUUUACGAAAUCGAAGAUCUAUUGAUAAGCAGCGAUGAUGGGGCGUUACUCUGCGAACUGAUCAGCCAAGUUGCAACUGCCGAGUGGACCCUGAACGCGAUGACCUCAUGAGAAUUAAUAAUACAGACCGCAAAUCACAUGCCUAGUGUAAUACACAGUAUACAACAACGCGUGCUCUCAUCUCUCUUGACACACAAGCAAUGCUUUUGAACUGACAACAUGACGAUUGCUCUUACAAGCGCAACAGGAAAGCUCGGCGGCGCCGUGCUGAACGCCAUCCUCGAGAAUAAGCUCAUCGACCCCAGAGAGCUGGUUGUCUGCACAUCCUCAGACCCAAGUGACUCGCAUUUUGACGGUCUCCGCUCCCAAUCCAUCACCCUCCGCCAUGCCAACUUCGAUGAUCCCUCCUCGCUCACACGCGCCUACGCGGGCUGCUCCAAGUUGUUCCUCGUCUCCACCCCUCGCACUGAAAUGGACUACAACGACGCACCCCUCUGGCAAGGCCGCGAGAAACACCACCGUGCCGCCAUCGACGCCGCCCUUGAAGCAGGCGUGCAGCACAUCUACUACACAUCGCUCGGUUUCGCGAACCCGAGCAAAGCGGGCGUUAUGCGCGCGCACAUACGGACAGAGGCGUAUUUGCACGACCUGGAGAAGGAAGGGAAAGUGCGGAUUACGAUUAUUAGGGAGGGGCUGUAUAAUGAGAGCUGGCCGCUGUAUUUCGGAUACUACUUCGGUCUCAAGGACGAGACGAGGAGGGAGGUUGUAGUUGCGGGUGAUGGCCCAGUCAGCUGGACUAGUAUCCCUGAUAUGGCGUUCGGGACGGCGAAGGUGCUUGCUGCGCCGAGCGAGGCGUGGAGCGGAAAGACGUUUUAUUUGAGUCAGAAGAAGACGUGGACGUUGCAUGAUAUUGCACGUAUUGUUAGUAAGGUGAGGGGAGAGGAGAUAGGGCUUAAGGUAGUGGGGAGGAAGGAGUAUGAGGAGUUCUAUGCGCAGAAGGGGACGGAGAGGGCGAGUGUCGAGUGGUGGAGUAGCUCGUAUGAUGCGCUGGAAGACGGGGAAUGCGCUAUUGACGACUCGACAGUUGAGGAUUUACUGAAGGAGGCGGGGAAGAGGCCGAAACCGCUGGAAGAGACGAUCGAGGAGAUGCUGAAGUAGGUCACAUCAUGGAGUUGUUUGCAAAUAUUUUAUCUGGGUUGCUUUCAAUUUUUGGAACUUAAUCAUUAGAAAUUACCCCCAUAAGAAACUACCCCCAUAAGAAAUUACCCCAUAAGAAAGU